CAGUAUCAACGUGUUAUACGAUUGUCAUUUGUAUAUUUGAAAAAACAAAAAGAAACGAUGUAGUUUUAUUAGUAUUUUUUGUUGUUGUCUCUUGUAAUAUGCCACUUUCAAAACAAAUGAUACACAACCGGAUGUAAAAAAAAAGAAAAUAUCAAAAGAAUUUUCUCAAUAAUUCAUGAAAAAUUCAUUAUAAAAUCAAACACUUGUUUUUUAACAAUUAAAACAAGUAGUUAUAAACAUGUUAAAAAUUAACAUUUUCAAUCUAAUAUGAAAACUACUGCCAACAAAAUAUUUAAGUGCAUAAAUGUGUCUGUAGUUAUAAAUACUUAUGUAUGUACAUAUAAAUGUGUGUGAGAAAUAUACAAACAUAGAUACAGAUAGUGGUAUAUUUAUGUACUUGUAACUCGAAAAAUCCAAUCUUUAAUAAAUGAAAUAUAACUCGUAAGUUACACCAACCAGCUAACAAAACCAAUACCAAUGUAGCAAAUGCAGUUUUAUGCAAAAAACAAGAACAAAAAAAAAAAAAAGUAGAAAAAUGUUGUAAAACCUUUAAACAAGUUUGACAUAUAAAUUUCAUUGUGGUGAAAAACCUGUUGCUUAACGUUUAAUACUCGUAAGUGGAUUGUGUAGACACCACACCAAACAUAGAAUAUUUGACUAGAAACCCAAAUGAGAGCGGAAAUAUGAGAUUUGACUGAUUUUUAUUUCUUUCACAAUUGUCGUAUGUCAUUGAGCAGAAAUUUAAUUUGACGUAUUAAUUUUCAAAACAAUAACAACAUGGCGGACAUACGUUUACGAAUUGAACAACCAGUUCAUUUGCCGCCAGGUAUGGGACGAAGACCAAUUCAUCCAUUACCGAAAAUUGGUUUAAGCUGCAAUGAUGAUAACAAUAUUUCUAAACACCAUCAUCAUCACCACCACCAAAUGCCACUUUCCCCCAGUUCAGAAGAAGAUAAUUCUCCCACGGAAAUGAACAAUUGUCGUCGUUUACUGGACAAACCACCCUUGGUAAAACGUUUAACUAUGGGCAUGGGUUUAAAAAGAUCCACCGAGGAUAGUAGACCUUUAGUGCAUACAACCUCAUCGUCAUUUAAUUCGUAUACCGCACAAAACAUAUGUGAUGGUUAUGUUAAUGAAGCCAUUUGUGAUCCAGAUAAAAUGAUUUCGACAAGAUUUGGAGAUUCCUGUAGACAAUCUCUAACAGAUUUGAAAACUACACAAAGCCUUCAGGAACAAAAUGAAUUUGGUUAUCAGAAAUCGUUUCUAAGAAAAACAUGUAGUGCCAAUUCUAGCCCUAAACAUAUAUCACCCAGUACACCUUUAAGAUUAGAAGGUCUUAGCUUGGCGGAGCAGAGUGAGUUGAGAGGUGCACCUUGGUUUCAGGCCGGCAUACCCAGAGAUAUAUCUCUAGAGGUAUUGUCAAAACAAAAUCCGGGUGCUUUUUUAGUUAGACAAAGCAAUACUAAACCAGGAUGUUUUGCUUUAUCACUUAGAGUACCUCCACCAUCACCAAAAGUGGCUCAUUAUUUGAUUUUAAGAACACCAAGAGGUUAUAAAAUUAAGGGUUUCACCAAGGAAUUUACAUCGCUUAGAGCUCUUAUUACCCACCAUUCGGUUAUGCCUGAACUUUUGCCCAUCCCUUUAAGUUUACCCCGACCAACAGCCAAUGGUGCUAAUCGCAAUAAUAGUUCAGAAUUUGAUAAUUCAGAUACUUAUGGUUCAUUAAAUGAUUUUCGCAAAAUGAUGUCUGAUCUCAAUGUAUGACUAUAAUACAGAAUUGUUGUCGUAAUACAUUGCUAAUGGUCCAGUAAAGUGCAAAAUUUAA